AUGUCCGUCAAUGACCGUCGCGCCGCCAGCUACAUGAGCGCACCGCGACCCCGCGUCCCCUCGAAUCGCAACAGUGACCCUGAGAAAACUGCGGCUCUACGAAGUGGAUUACCUCCUUUACAAACGGACAAUAACAUGGAGCAUAUGCGCGGCAGUGCAGUUAGCCAUAAAACUAGGAUGCCGCGAGACCAGGUUCCUACCAGCGAAAAGCGCGCUGAGCGAUCUGCCAUCAGCACGCGGGAGAAAGCUCAAAGCCGAACGAGAAACUCGGUACAGGACACUAGCAGUGCGGGGAAUCGAGGCAACCUGGAAAGAAGUCGGUCGAAGAGGGCCAGUAGUCCUAAUAUGCGGAAGAAAGAGAAGGAGCCCGCGGAGGUACCGUGGAAUCCGCAAGCGUCGUUGAUCCCUCAUUCCACUGCACCGUUAGCAUCUCGUGUCUCCGUCCCGCCUCUGGCCUCAGCAUUACCGCAAUCGCUGCAACCCAAAUCCCUUCGCGAGCUUUCCACAGAUGAUCAAGAACGCGCGAUUCUCGAGGACCUUUUAUUUGUCUUUAUGGGCUUUGAAGGGCAAUAUAUCCAUUACAACGCUCCCUACGACCCGUCCGUCGAAAUGGACCGUCUGACUGGCCCCGCGUUUCAAUUGGCAUCAGGGCUAGAUCCAACGCUAAGAGACCUCGCCCUGUCUAUGCUGAAAAUGGCGACUCAUUAUAAUGCAUUGGAGGCGUUCGUGGAGGUACAAAGUCGCGCGGAAUUUGGGGCGGUUAGCCAUGCCAUGUGCGCGGUCAUCCGGAAACUAUUGAAAGAUUACUUGAUCCUCAUCGCUCAGCUCGAGAACCAGCUUCUGAACAAUCCCAAUUUCACUCUACACGUCCUUCAUAUACAUACGAUGCCUACGGCCCAAUGUCUAGCUCAGCUAUACUCGCUUGGCCAAGAACUUCUUCGACGGAACGGACUUCUGGACCAAGACCUCGACGAAUCAAUCGACGAUUUUGAUGACGUAGAUAACAUUCUCGAACAACUUAAGGAAGGCGGGGACCUUGUUCCUGGUGCCAUGUCUAGCAAGAAAAUCUGCAAAGGAGGCAAUGUCCUCCGGUUGUUGACUGAGCGGUUGGCAACACUUUCAGGAGACCCAACUGCCAAGACGCUCUUGGAGACUCUGCUUCGCGAGGCUAGUCGGCCAUAUAUGACCAUGCUCAAUGAAUGGUUACAUCACGGAGGCAUUAAAGAUCCCCACGCAGAGUUCCUGGUCAAAGAGCAAAAGUGGAUCAAGCGGGAGAAGCUUGAAGAAGACUACACAGACGAAUACUGGGAGAAAAGAUACACAAUACGCGAAAAUGAGGUUCCACCACAACUCGAAAGUGUCAAGGAGAAGGUCCUUUUAGCUGGGAAAUACCUCAAUGUUGUCCGCGAAUGUGGCGGCGUCGAUAUCAGCAAAGCAGUCAAGGAUGUCCCCAAGACCCUCGAUGAUCCUCGGUUUUUGGAGAACGUCAAUGGGGCGUAUACAUACGCUAAUGCGUCAUUGCUGAAUCUCCUGUUGACAAAGAACUCGCUUACAACCCGCUUCCGUUCCCUGAAACAUUACUUCUUCCUCGAUCGCUCCGAUUUCUUCUCGUACUUCCUGGAACUGGGCGCGUCAGAAUUGCGCAAACCAGCGAAGAUUGUUAAUGAAAGCAAGCUACAAUCGCUUCUCGAUUUGGUCCUGCGACAACCGGGUAGUAUCGCAGCCCAAGAUCCUUUCAAGGAGGACGUCAAGGUGCGGAUGAAUAAGAUUGGGCUCACGAAGUGGCUUAUGCAAGUCGUGAGUGUUUCCGGAAUUGAUCAGGAUAAUCCAGAGGCCGCGAUUGAGAAAUACCAAGCGCCUCCGACGCAAGGUACGGAGGACGACAAAGAUAUCGUUGGAUACGAUGCUCUUGAAUUAGACUACUCAGUACCUUUUCCUUUAUCUCUUGUUAUCAGCCGCAAGACCGUCCUUCGAUAUCAACUGAUAUUCCGCCAUCUUCUGUCUCUCCGCCACUUGGAGGACCUGCUAGUGACUUCUUGGCUAGACCAAAGCAAGGCCAUAAGCUGGCGGCACAAGUCCUCAGAUCGACGGUUAGAAUUAUGGAAGCGACGAGCAUGGAACCUGCGUUCGAAGAUGCUGGUAUUCGUCCAACAACUGCUCUACUUCUGCACUUCCGAAGUCAUUGAGCAGAAUUGGCAGAAUCUGAUGGACAGGGUGAACGGUACGGAUGCAGACGGCUCGGAGGUGACUGUCAACGGCACCAAACAAGUGAACCGAACGGUCGAUGAGUUAAUGCAAGACCAUGUCGAUUUCUUGGAUACAUGUCUCAAGGAGUGCAUGCUGACGCAGGCGAAGUUGUUGAAGAUUCACUCCAAACUCAUGACCUGUUGCACCAUGUUCGCGUCUUGGACCGCAGCAUCGUUAUCACGGGCGCUAAGUUCAGCGGACCUAGAUUUAUCUUCCAAGAACCCUAACCCAGAUGCGAAAGGCUAUGAUCCAUCACGAAUCAGCAAGCUGGAGGAUACGCUGAAGAGAUACGAAGAUCACUUCAACCGGCAUCUGCGGAUCCUGAUGGACAGUUUGAACUAUUUUGCCGCAACUGAGAGUGUUGUCCUCUUGAAGCUUGCCCAUGCCUUAAGUUCGAUCGGUAAAGAGGAUUGA